AGGUGGAGCGUGCCGGAUGGGAAAGCGGUUACGAGGAGAAGAUGGUGGAAUCUGCGGCAGCAACGUGCACGAGACCCCGUCCUAAACUUUCCGAAAAAUAUUUAUCUUCUCAGCCUGGUAUUAGAUAUUGGUUACCUGGGGACAAUCAUAGAUAAUACACGCUUAAAAGAAGGCGAAAUCCCACAUUUCACGCCUUGGGAGGCCCUAACACUUGGCCAAUCGAAGUGUUUGUAACGUUACAGCUGUUCAGUGAUCAAGUCAAAAAGUAACGUUAGCUCACGAGUUGGAGGGUAUCGUUUAUUUGUUUUGGGAAAAUUUGAGUCAUCGCACUGUUGCCGAAAUCCAGUAGGCAGGUCGGCUCUACCAGUGGCCCACUGUUUUAUGUGACUGCUGAGUGUUGAUCGGACAUCGGUCAGCCAUCGUGGGAGUCCCGCUGUGACUGCCGAGCUAAGAUUGUCCAAAGCAAGGAACGGACCAACUGACUGGAAUCAUGCCAAGAAGUAAAAAAGGGAAGAAAGGUGCAUCCAGUAAAGGGAGGAAUGGGGUGAAGGCGGAGUCUGGAGUCAGUGAUGAUGACCUGGCCUCAGAGGUUCUCAGCCACUACAGCAGUGCCAGCGAGAGUGCCUCUGUAAUAGACGAGGGAACAGCGGGAGGAGAGGUAGUAGAUGAACAAACAGCACAAGAGGAGACAGAAGACAAACUGAAGCAAUGCAUCGACAAUGUCAUGGAUAAGAGUGUGAAGGUGCGUAUGAGCGCCCUGGACAGUCUCCGCCAGGCCUUCUCCUCACGCCUGCUCGUGGACUUCCUCCUGGAGAGAAGACUCACGCUCAGCGACUGCCUGGAGCGCUGCCUCCGCAAGGGGGGAGGAGAGGAGCAGGCGGCGGCGGCUACCGUCUGUGCUCUGUUGUGUGUGCAGCUGGGGGGAGGCCCAGAGGGGGAGGAGGGCUUUAAGGUCCUGCGGCCCAUCCUCAGUUCCAUCCUGAUUGACGACUGUGCCAGCCUAUCAGCACGCCAGAGUUGUGCUCGUGCAUUGGGGAUGUGCUGCUAUGUGUCAUCUGCAGAAGAUGCAGAGGAGCUAAAGCCCAUGGGUGCUAGCAUCUCUUACUAGCAUGUCUUUUAAGGAGCUAAAGCCGGUGCUGGCACCCCCUUGCUGCACACCGCUGCUUUACAGGCCUGGGCACUCCUCAUCACCCUCUGCCCUGCCUCCCACCUCAGCAACCUCAUCAACCAUCACCUUCCUCGUCUGCAGGCCUGUCUGGACAGUGCUGAUGUCAACUUCAGGAUUGCAGUGGGAGAGACCAUCGCUCUCCUCUAUGAGCUGGGCCGGGACAUUGAUCGGGACUUUGAAUAUGAGGACAGUGAUUCUCUGUGUGAUGCUCUGAAGAGUUUGGCCACAGAUGGGAAUAAGCACAGGGCCAAGAACGACCGCAGGAAACAGAGGUCCAUAUUCCGAGAAGUGCUGCAGUAUAUAGAGAAUGAAGACUUCUCUGAGGAGAGGAUUCGCUUUGGUGUAGAGGCCUUGUACAUUGACUGCUGGGUGCGCAGGCGGAUCUAUGAUGCCUUUAAAGAGGUGUCCGAGUCUGGAGUACGCCACCACCUACAGUGGAACCCUCUCCUGAGAGACAUCUUUGGCUUCGGUGCCCCCCUCAUCCUGGACCCGUCAGUCAAAUCCAGCAAGAUCUCCCGCACAGAACGGCAUCUCUACAACUCGGCUGCAUUCAAAGCUCGGACAAAACUACGCAACAAGGUCCGGGACAAGAGAGCGGACGUGAUGUGAGGGGCUGACCGUACGGAAGAGCGAGCACCUGCUCCUCACACAGGCCUGGGCCACGAGGCCGCCAGCCUCCAGCCCUCCCCCCCAACCCCCUACCCCCCCUCAAUGACCACAUGACAGCGGCUGCCAAAACACUCUGCAAGGGACUUCGCAAGCAAUGCAAACAAGUGUGCGUGUGUGUGUGUGAGUGAGUUUGUGUGUGUGUGUGUGUUUGAGUGUGGGUUUUAUUUUUUAUUUAACAUCAUGGAAUAAAAACCAUAAAAAAGAGCAAAGAUCCUGGGAAGAAAAGAAAAGAGAGUCUCUGAUGAACUCUAGGAAACAUCUCUGCUGUGAAGAAAGCAAAAGUAUUUUAACUUCUAAUUUAUUUCAAAGGGGAGAAGAUACAUUUUAAAUGAAAAUGAAGAUCUGUUUACACAUCCAUCGAGAUGGAAUGCAUCAGACCCUAUGUAGUUUUUCUACUCGACCACAGGGCCAGAUAGUCCUGUUCCUCCUGUGUAAAUGUAAGGAUUUCAGAUGCACACACACGUGCGAGGACGUCUGUGUGUGUGUGUGUGACUGGAAUGUGUACACAAGUCUGUAUGUGACAUACCCAAGAGCAAACUGCACAUGGUGAUGUCAUCAGUGAGACUGGUGCUGCUCUGUGCCUGCCUACAGGGGAGUCAUGAAUGAAUCAUGAAUUUAAAUAAAAUAACAUUAAUAUGCACCAAUGAA